UUGUAGUCAUGGAAAUUGAAUUCUUUUUUCUUUGAAUUUAUUAUGUUAAUUUGAUUUCCUUAAUAAUAAAUAGAGUAGUUAUUUUAAAAGCAACUCUAUAAUAUCAAGGGCCUUGCUCUGUUUUCAAUGGUGUAAAAUAUCCAUAUAUGUAGGUUAUUCAUUUUGUUCUUUUUUAUUCUAUAUGAUAUAAUAUAAUAACUUGUUAUGCCAACCAUUCUCUUUCAUUCUUCUGUUUCUCAACUGGAGUUGCUUCAUUUAUAUCCUUUAUUUGGCAAAUAUUCAUCUGGGUUUUCUCAUCCUUCUUGCUUUUCUAUUAAAAAAAAAAAAAAAUUCUUUCUCAAUUAAAUUCCUAGUCGUUUUGCCCUUUUUCUCUGUAUAUUCGGCCUUCUUCUUUGACGAUAACAAUAUUCAACGCUUGCCUAAUUUAGUUUCCUUUUGUUUUUGCUUCCCCUGUUUUGAUCUCUCUACUAUUUCAAAUCCUGAAAAAGCUGCAGCCUUCGAAAAUUAUUCUAAAAUGAAAUGUUUUCACUACUUCAAGGACAAAUCCAGAAGCAGGCAACAAAGAUCAGCACCAGAGUUGAAAGAGCAAUCAAAAUCGGAUUAUUCAGGGUCGGGGACACACAGAAUCGCAAAAUCCUCGUGCUCGGAAACUUCAGCGCGUCGUAUACCCGAAUUAUAUGAGGAGAAGGCUCGCAAUCUGCGAGACUUCUCCUUCUCAGAGCUCAGACAUGCGACCCAUGAUUUCGACAGACUAUUAAGGAUUGGGGAAGGUGGAUUUGGGAGUGUCUACAAAGGCUCAAUCAAGCCUGCUGAUGGGAAAGGUGACCCCAUUGUAGUUGCAAUUAAGAAGCUUAACAAAGAUGGUUUGCAGGGUCAUAAACAAUGGGUGGCAGAAGUUCAAUUUCUAGGUGUGGUGGAGCAUCCAAAUCUUGUCAAACUUGUAGGAUAUUGUGCUGCGGACGGAGAAAGAGGAAUCCAGAGACUACUUGUAUAUGAGUUUAUGCCAAACAAAAGCUUAGAAGAUCAUCUUUUCAAUAGGGCAUACCCUGCACUUCCUUGGAAAACAAGAUUACAAAUAAUACUUGGAGCAGCUCAAGGGUUGGCUUAUCUGCACGAGGGCUUGGAAAUUCAGGUUAUUUAUCGAGAUUUUAAAACCUCCAAUGUUUUAUUGGAUGAGAAUUUUAAACCGAAGCUUUCAGACUUUGGGCUUGCAAGGGAGGGGCCAGUGGCUGGACGAACGCAUGUUUCAACAGCAGUAAUGGGGACAAAUGGAUAUGCUGCUCCGGAUUACAUAGAGACAGGGCAUCUCACGACUAAAAGUGAUGUAUGGAGCUUUGGAGUUGUACUAUACGAGAUUAUUACUGGCAGGCGGUCCUUGGAAAGAAACCGCCCGAGAGCGGAGCAGAAGUUGCUGGAAUGGGUAAAGCAAUUCCCUCCUGAUAGUAAAAAGUUUGGGUUGACAAUUGACCCACGACUUGAAAACCAGUACUCUAUAGCUGCCGCUCGAAAAAUUGCCAGGUUAGCAGACAGCUGUUUGAUGAAGAGUGCAAAGGAUCGACCAAAGAUGACUCAAGUGGUAGAGUCUUUGAAGCAAAUAAUCCAGGAUUCAGAUGAAGAAGCGACCAUUUCAAAGGAAUCUUUUGAACCCUCAGAAACUGACUCGGCUGACUCGAGUAAGGAGCCAAAUCAACUGGAGGCCACUGAAUCUUGGAAAAGGCGGAUGACUCAUUUGGCAAAGCUUGGUGAGCACGUGGAGGGAGCAAGUAGAAGAAGAUUUAUGAUCAUGCAGAGAGCCAAAGUAGCCUAGAAGAUUUUGUAUUUGUAAAUUGCGUAACACUUUACUGGGAUCAUCUAAUGGAUUCAUUAUUUCAUUUGGUGCUAUUCGGUUGGUUAGAUUACUCACCUCAUUGGGAGACCAUUUAUAUUGAAUAUGACGGCAGUUUCUUUUUGAACA